UAUUUUAUAUUCCGUGUUUUCUAAACCAACGCUUCGCUUCUGCUCCACUUCACGAGGACUUGGACGAAGUUGAUUGAAGCUGAUCUGGUUAUGUUGGAUUGAAGGGAUAUAUUCAAUUUUUCAAAAAUGAGUCGUAGAAGAGUUCACGAGGAAGAAGAUGGAUAUGAACGUGCAUAUAAGAAACGUAGAAGGGUAUCAGAGAAUCAAGAAAUUGAAGAUAGACUUGAAUCCCUUAUUUUACGGGUUGGAGAGAAGUCCACAUCUUCUCUGGAGAGCAAUCUUGAAGGUUUGGCUUCUGUAUUAGAAGCUGAUCUUGGAUUGUUUCGAAGUAAAAUACUUCGAAUUUUAACUGAUUGUGCUAUAAAAAUGCCUGAAAAAUGUACAAUUUAUACUACACUUGUUGGCUUAUUGAAUGCAAAGAACUUUAAUUUUGGUGGUGAAUUUGUUGAUUAUAUGGUGAAGAACUUUAAAGAUGCAUUGAAAGCUUGUAAAUGGGAUGUAGCUAGAUAUUCAUUAAGAUUUCUCGCAGAUUUAGUAAACUGCCAUGUUUUAUCAUGUGGUUCUUUAAUGCAGCUAUUUGAUAACAUGUUAGAUGCUGCUAAUGAAGAUGGAGUACCUCAAGUAAGACGUGAUUGGUAUGUCUAUGCUGUAUUAUCAACAUUGCCAUGGGUUGGAAGAGAAUUAUAUGAAAAAAAGGAGCAGGAAUUAGAUCAUCUGAUGGUGACAAUAGAAAUAUUUUUAAAUAAACGAAGUAAAAAGCAUCAGCCAGCACUGAGAGUCUGGUCAAGUGAUACUCCUCAUCCUCAAGAAGAAUACCUUGAUUGUUUAUGGGCACAAGUUCGCAAACUUAGACAGGAUAAUUGGGCAGAGAAACAUAUUCCUAGACCAUACCUUGCAUUUGACUCUAUCUUAUGCGAAGCAUUACAGCAUAACUUACCCACUAUAAUGGCACCACCGCAUCAUGAAUCUUAUUCUUAUCCAUUACCUACGGUAGUUUUCCGUAUGUUUGAUUAUACAGAUUGUCCGGCCGAAGGACCAUUGUUACCUGGAAGUCAUGCUAUAGAACGAUUUCUCAUAGAAGAACAUUUAAGACAGAUUAUUAACAAUUAUUUUUUUGAAAGGAAAGAUUGUGCAGCCCAGCUAUUGAAUUUUCCAUAUAAGGCAAAGAUACCGUUAGACUAUUGCAUUGUAGAAGUAAUAUUUGGUGAACUAUUUAGACUGCCAGCGCCAAAAAAUUUAGAAAUAUGCUAUGGAUCAAUUUUAAUUGAACUCUGUAAAUUGCAGCCAUCAACUAUGCCGCAAGUUUUGGCUCAAGCAACCGAGAUUUUAUUUCGUCGUAUAGAUAGCAUGGCUGCUACUGCAUUUGAUCGUUUUGUAUGGUGGUUUGCGUAUCAUUUGAGCAAUUUCCAGUUUCGUUGGUCGUGGGAAGAUUGGGAUUCUUGUUUACAACGUGAUCCAGAACAUCCACGUCCAAAGUUUAUUCGAGAAGUACUUCUUAAGGCCUUACGAUUAUCAUAUUACCAAAGAAUACGGGAUAUGAUGCCAGAAUCAUACGCUGAAUUGAUACCAGCACCUCCAGAACCCAUUUACAAAUAUACUUCUGAAGGAGCAAGUUCACUUCCUGGUACAGCCGCAGCUCACGAACUAGUUGUUUCAAUUAGACGAAAAUGUACACCGGAAGAAGUAUUGAACGUACUAAACACUUUACCAGGUCCUAGAGAAAACGAAGAAACUAAUAACUUUAAUCCUUUGAAAAUCGAUGUUUUUGUACAGACAUUACUGAAUCUAGGGUCUAAAAGUUUUAGUCAUAGUUUUGCAGCAAUAGGGAAAUUCCAUUAUGUUUUUAAAGUUCUCGCAGAAACGGAAGAAGCCCAAAUAUGCAUUUUAAGAAAUAUGUAUGCAUUGUGGAAAAAUCAUUAUCAAAUGAUGGUGGUUUUAACAGAUAAGUUGUUGAAGACUGGUAUCAUUGAAUGUAGUGCUAUCGCGAAUUGGAUAUUUUCUAAAGAGAUGGCCUCGGAAUUUACCAAAUUAUACAUAUGGGAAAUACUUCAUUUAACGAUUCGAAAGAAGAACAAACACGUGACGAAAUUGAGUACUGAACUAGCAGAAGCACGAGAGAAAUUAAGAAGGGCAGAAAGCAGAUCUGGAUCAUCGUCGGAUGAUGAAGAUAAUAACAAAGACAGAAACAGAGAAAAACCAUCAGAAGACGUCGUAGAAAGAAUGGAAGAGAAAUUGGAGGCGGCGCAAGCAGACCAAAAGAAUUUAUUUCUUAUUAUUUUCCAGCGUUUUAUAAUGAUUCUCUCUGAACAUUUAGUACGCUGCGAUACCGAUGGUAUAGAUUAUAAUACUCACUGGUACAAAUGGACUAUUGGAAGAUUACAACAGGUGUUUUUAACUCAUCAUGAACAAGUUCAAAAGUAUUCAUCAACAUUAGAAACGUUACUUUUUACACCAGAUUUGGAUCCACACAUCUUAGAUGUUUUCCAUCAGUUUGUUUCCCUUCGGGCAUGAGUGUUAUUUUUUAUAAUAACCAUUUUAUUAUGUAAACUGUAACUUAAGUUGACAGGAGAGUAGGAUUUCAUUUCCCAUUCUUAAGUAUUUCACAUAUUCAUCUAUGAGUAUACAAUCAUGGUUCUUUUAUAAAGCAAGUGACAAAUUUGCAGCUAGAAAAAAAAUUGUACGUUAUGGCAUAUUUCUAGAGAUAACGUAACGGUUCAUUAAUUUUCAGCAUAAUAAUCAUGUGAAUUGUGAUACAACAUUAAUGUGUAAAUGUUAAACAUUUCGUACCGCAGUUUAUCUCACGUUGAUGUAAAUAUCGAUAUUAUUUAUCCAUCUUUAAAAAUUUUUUUGAACAGAAUAUCGUAGUAUGAACAAUGGGUCAUACACUCCAACAUGUAAUGUAAAUAAAGGUUUAAGAAAUGCAAUUAUAA